ACAUGGCUGCGCCCAUGAGUAAAAGUGUGCUUUCGGGACCGGGUAAAGGGAUUAGUUCUAAAUUUCUUUUUCACUUUGCCAGUGAACAUAUAGAUUUUAAAAUACCGGAAUUGAAAUCAAUUGUGUCAUUGCUGGGCUUUGACAUCAAGAUAAAUGAAGAGAAGCUUGAAAAAAAAAAUCCUUUUCUGGUUGUUGAGCUGCCGUCAUUGGAACAUGCAAAGCGGAUCAUGAAUCGGACUGUCCUCGUGAAGUCUCUGUACGAGUUGUGGGGACAGGGUUCUAGUAAACAGGAGCUGUACACCAACUUGAGGAAUUACCCCAUGGAACUAAGUAAACCUUAUUUGAUGGAGGACACUACAUUCAAAAUUGUUGUGGAUACCUUUAACAAGAAAAUGUUGCUGAAAGAAAAAGUCCAAAAAAUUGAGGACAUCACUCUGGAGGCUGUCAGCUUCAAGGGCAAGGUCAACUUGAAAGACCCCACCCACACCUUCAGCCUGCUAGAGUACUACGGCCCUGAGGGUUCCCCCCCACCAGACCACCCCUACCUCAUGUUCUUCGGGAGAUGGAUAGCUAAUGGGCAGAGAGACAAGAUACAGGCCUACCACCUACAGAAGAGGCAGUUCAUUGGGAACACCAGCAUGGACGCCUGUCUCUCCCUCAUCAUGGCCAACAUGGGGCUGGUCAAGGAAAACACCUUCGUCUUUGACCCCUUCGUGGGGACAGGGAGUCUGUUGGUGGCGAGCGCCCACUUCGGUGGCUAUGUGAUGGGUACAGACAUCGACUACCUCCUGCUGCAUGCUCGGGGCAAGCCGAGCCGACACAAUCAGACCAAGAGGGAUCCGGGGGAGAGUAUCCGAGCCAACCUUCGUCAGUACGGGUUCGAGAAGGCCUACAUUGAUGUGUUGGUGGGAGACGCUUCCAAGUACAAGAUGUGGAGGCAUCAGGGAAUGUUUGAUGCAAUCAUUACUGAUCCUCCCUAUGGCAUCAGAGAACCAGCCAAGAAGAUCGGCAACAAUGAGAAGGAGAUCCCAGAGGAUGAAAGGGAGAACCACAUCCCACAGCGCACACAGUACCAGCUGUCUGAUAUAUUCAAGGAUCUUCUCAACUUCUCUGCCAAGUUUCUCCGUCUUCACGGUCGUCUCGUCUUCUGGUUCCCCACCAUCAGAACGGAGUACUCUGACGCCAACGUGCCACGCCAUCCGUGCUUCCACCUGGUGGCCAACUCGGAGCAGUGUCUGACGUCUCGCGUGGGCCGCCGACUCAUCACCAUGGAGAAGGUGCAGGAACAACAGGUGGAGGAAGAUGACUUGGGAGCUACGUACGACGUCGACCACUUCGCUGGCGCCUCCUUCCGUGACAGAUACUUCAGGUCUUUAUCUAGAGACUCAUCCCCAAACAGUCCAAGAAAUCACAGGAAAAACAAUAGCAAAGCUGAUGAAGUGUGUGUGGAGAGUAGCACUGACACCCAAACAUUAUCUGUAGAACAGUCUGACAAUGGUGAGACACUGGUAGAACCUGAGAGCAGCACCGGCACAUGACAGACUGGUUGAAGUGUAUGUUCGGUACACUCUCCCUAGGCACAAGGAUAGUUCUGGCAGAUGGAAAGUUGAUGUACCGGCCAGCAUUCUACAAGCAUUUAUUCAACAGGGCAGAUGCCGGGCUGUGGAAUGUAGUGCUGUGAGGAUACAUUUAGUUGUGAUACAAUUAUCUGGAUAGGGAACGAUAAACAUCAAGAUACAUGGAAUCCCAAUGGCACAAAAAGGAAAUGUAUCUACCACCAGUGGGAACUACUUGGGACAAAUCCAAAACAUAUGAUGUGAACCUGCAUCCAGGAAACCAACAAUGGCUUCAUAACUAAUGUGCAAAUCAUUGGAAAACAGCAUUUUACAAUAUUCUCAUUUCAUCGAAACUAAAAUGUGCUCCUUAUAUGUAAAUGUAUCGUUUUGUAUCAUACACCGCCUCACGAUUGAAUACAAUAUGUCAACGCAAACCUUAUCUGAUGGACUGAAUCUGUGAAUCGUUACGAUCCAAAUGAGGCCUUAUAUGUUUGGAGUUGGUUUACAAGACCAAUUGAGAAAUAAAAACUGAAAUUAGGAGUAAAAGAAAAUGACAUUUGACAAAAAUAAUUUUUAAUUACAAUUAAAAAACAUCUGAUUUUAUAGUCGCUGUUUGUAAUAAAUGUGAAUAAUAUACAUAAAUUUAUUCUAGCAAGAAAAAAAAUCCUCUUUUUGGUAUAAUUUAGCAGUGAAACAUCUUUGAUGGUGUGACCUACAAUUUUUUUUUUCAUUCAUUAGUAGCAGUGCUAAUGUGGAAGUUGAAAAGUAUCAUUUCUUUUUCGACCACCAACAUUGUUUUUUAAGCCAGAUGUUUUAUGAGCCAACUUAUAACAAAUAAGAAACCCUUUGGUAUGUAGGGGAAGAAUGGCAUGAUGGCAUGUCACCUUGAGCUUCACUCAGUGUGCACCUUGGGAAAUCAAGCCCAGCUUGAUGACGCAACACUCUAUUAUUAGUCAAUCACGGCCCUAGUGGAAUGGUUACUGCAAGGAAGCUGUGAUAUCACCAUCUGAACAUGUUCCUUUACCUUCACUGGGACAUGAUCUUGAUUGUAGUCAUGGCUGCAUGAUGCCUACAGGUAAAGGUCAGCCGUUUUGUGUCAUUAGAACAAGAGCUUGUUUCUCUUUCAUAAUUAGAAAUAUAUUUAAGAUGUUGAAAUUGUGCAUUAAUAUGUCAAAUGUGUCUGUGAUAUGCCAAAUAAAUAGUCAUCCUUU